UGUUGGAGUAUCGCUGUUAGAAAUGGGGGGGGGGGUACCCCCUCGUCACACCCCGAUCGUGCCAGAACGAGGGACUACACCGUCUGCUGGCCAAACAGAGGCCAGUAUCACGAGUUCAUGCACAAACCCUCUGCAGGUAUUUAAAAUUCAGGGCGUUCUGCGUCGUGUUGACCGCACACGAGCCAAAAAUGUCAACCCUGCCAAAUUGCUUUGCUGACGUUCUUGCCUUUCAGCCGGAAAGAGCAGCUUUUGCGCCUGCUGCAUGUGUGACCAGUUGAAAACGCACGCUAGAGCGAGAGGCCUUAAGCCGUCGACAUCCACAAACUGCAACCAAUGACGUGUGGUUAUACUCAUACCCUCUGCUCGCGGACCAGAAACAAAGCGAAUUGUCCAGUUUUUAUUGCACGCGGCCUGAAAACGUGAACCGUGUGUUGCGGUGUUGACUUUUUUUUUUGUUCCGCCGCGUGUUUGCUUCGUGUGUCACAAGCGACCAGUCACAAACGCAUGCCAGAGAGGGGCCUUCGGCCGACGGCAUCCAUCAAGAGCGGCCAGUGGCGUGUAAUCGUACACAUACCCUCUGCUCGCGUCCUAGAAACAAAGCGUAUUGUCCAGUGUUGAUUGCUCAAAGCCUGCAAACGUAAACCGAAGUGUGGUUCGGGUUUGGCUUUAUUGGACGUUGCCUUUUUUACUGCUGCUUGCUCCGAGUCGAGUGUGAUAAGUGUACAACGCAUGCCAUCAGAGAGAGGCCUUUGGCCGACGACAUCCACAAACUGCAGCCCAUAGCGUGCAAUGAUACAUAUGCCCUCUGCAGGGAUCCAUAAACAAGACGCUCGGUGUCUUGUUGGUCGCACACGAGCCAAGACCGUGUCCUGAAGCAUGUUUAUGACCCAUAAGAGCUUGAUCAGCCUCUUUUUUCCCUUCAAAAAAAAAAUUCCGAAAUAAUCAAGCCGUACAACUCGGCCUUAGACUUUGAAACUUUGAACACAUGUACAUUGGGUUGGCGCAAAACGCUGCGCGGAGCCUUUUUUUUUGCAUUCCAUGGUUUCCUCUCCCUUCUUCACCUCGCUCCUCGACAAGCUUGUGCUUAGACAUGGGUUGUAGUGAAGGGGGGGGUCUUCCUGGCGAGAAGGGCUAGACUCACCCUCAAGAGAUGACCGAAACCUUUUUGCUGCUGCGCAUCCGCCGCGAGGCGUGCGUGUGGUGGUCGAGUUGGGUCGGCACUGACGAGGUCAGGCGGGACNCCUUCGGCGCGAGAAUUUUUAUUUUUCAGACCAAGAACCUUGAGUGCAACGAGGGAGAAAGCGAGGAACCGACUGGGAAGGACAGCAACGAGAGCGUGUACGGACGCAGACACAUUCUGACAGCACUUCAGACAGCAGCUUUGUGCCCCGCCAGCUGCUUGUUCCAUGCCUACCAUCGUGUUUUUGUACAGACAGCACUUCAGACAGCAGUAUGCUGAAGUCGGCAAUCUUACGUUUUGGUAUAAUAGAAUGGGACAGGGAGGGGGUGAUGCUACUGUAGUCGAACGGUGGGACGGACGUGCAGUUCAGUAUUUGGGCACGCAUACGGUACUGCAAGGAUUUUUAGGUGUACCUUUUCANUUUUGUACAGACAGCACUUCAGACAGCAGUAUGCUGAAGUCGGCAAUCUUACGUUUUGGUAUAAUAGAAUGGGACAGGGAGGGGGUGAUGCUACUGUAGUCGAACGGUGGGACGGACGUGCAGUUCAGUAUUUGGGCACGCAUACGGUACUGCAAGGAUUUUUAGGUGUACCUUUUCAGGCUCUUGGAUACCUUUUUCUCGUUAUAUGUGUGCGUGUUCUUUAGAUCCU